GCUUUCUCCACACCCCCCCCGCCGGAGACUCAGCCAAUUCAGCUCAGGCCCCGAAAUCUCCGAGCACGCAGGAUGUGUCGGAGAACAUAGCCGCGGUGUCUGUCGAGCAAGUGAAGAUCCGCAAGUAGUUCCCGGGUGCAGGAUUGGUGGGCACCCUGGAGCCACGCGCGGGUAGUGGGCGCGGAGCCCCGGGACGCGCAGGUCCCUUACCCGACAAACGGUAGAGAGCCCGGCCUUAGAACGCGUCGCCCGGGCUCCCUCCGUCACGUUGUCUUCUCCAAGGUCCCCAGGGCCGGACCUGAGCUCCCAGUGCACUCGCAGGCCUCCUCCAAUGAUUCAGAAGUCAUGCCCGGCGCUGCUGCAACCUCAGGAUGUCGGAGACAGGGUGGAAACGCUUAUGUUGCAUCCAGUGAUCAAAGCUUUCCUGUGUGGCUCCAUCAGUGGGACGUGCUCCACCCUCCUUUUCCAGCCCCUGGAUCUCCUCAAAACACGCCUGCAGACUCUGCAGCCCUCCGCCCAGGGAUCCAGACGUGUUGGGAUGCUGGCUCUGCUUCUGCAGGUGGUCCGCACGGAGAGUCUUUUGGGCCUUUGGAAAGGGAUGUCCCCUUCCAUCGUGCGCUGUGUCCCUGGCGUUGGAAUCUACUUUGGCACGCUCUACUCUCUGAAGCAGUACUUCCUGCGAGGCCAUCCCCCCACUGCCAUGCAGUCGGUCAUACUGGGGGUGGGCUCUCGCUCAAUUGCAGGGGUCUGUAUGUUGCCCAUCACUGUGAUCAAGACGCGUUACGAGAGCGGGAGGUAUGGCUAUGAGAGCGUCUACGCAGCCCUGAGGAGCAUCUAUCGCAGCGAGGGGCACCGGGGCCUCUUCAGUGGCCUGACAGCGACACUCCUUCGGGAUGCACCCUUUUCUGGAAUCUACCUAAUGUUUUACAACCAGACCAAAAACAUCGUGCCCCACGACCAGUUGGAUACAGCCCUCAUUCCAGUUGUAAAUUUCAGCUGUGGGAUAUUUGCGGGAAUUCUGGCCUCACUGGUAACUCAACCUGCAGAUGUUAUCAAAACUCAUAUGCAGCUCUCCCCAAUGAAAUUUCAGUGGAUUGGUCAGGCAGUGACAAUCAUCUUCAAAGACUAUGGGCUGCGUGGCUUCUUCCAAGGCGGUGUGCCCCGGGCCCUCCGCAGGACUCUGAUGGCAGCCAUGGCGUGGACAGUCUAUGAAGAGAUGAUGGCCAAGAUGGGACUGAAAUCCUGACCGAGAGGGCACUGACAGAGGAUGGGAUCUGUUGCCCUGCCUGGUUUCUGCCAGGGCUGCUUCAUCCUCCUGUCCUGGAGUACGAUGAAGCCCUAUUUGGAAAGCCAGGCAGAUGUGUCACCUUGUUACCCAGUUGAAGUAGAGAAUAGAUGGGCCUGACUCAAGGCUUCAGAAUCUCUCAAAAGGAGAGUCACUGAUACAUACAGCGCACUGGGGAGUAGGGAAAGGGUUUGCGUACCCUGCGAGGCUACCUGAAAGCAUUUCCUGGGAGGGAGCUGUCAGUGGCUCCAGCCACCCACCUACACCACAGUACCCCGCCGGACACCUGUUCUUGAGCAAGGGAUCGUGAAGCCACAGAAGCUGUGGCUGGGGAGCUCCAGCUGGGGAGGUUGGGUCUGUGGAGUGAGGCGUCACUGUCACCAGGCUGAAUUCUGCAUCUGAGAUGGUAGUGAUGUCUGGAUAAGGAAGAAAAGAUGUCAUUAUUCGGUCGGUUCCUAAUCAGCAUCUCCGAGGCUCUGGAGAAGGGAGGAAGCCUAGUGGUUUCCUAGGCUCUAAGUGUCCAAAUAAAAGGUUUUGGUCUUGUC